AGCGUCUCGAAGAUCGCCAAGCGUAGCGGUAGACCUCGCGUCGACUGCUCCACUCUUGCCAUCACGGGGCAGUAGAGAUGCGCUGGGGAGUGCCAGCAAAGCAUCGAGUCCCUUCGACGACAUUUGUGUCCGGUAGCGAGACGGCCUCAACCUUUCAAUUCUACGCGGUGCAGAGGAAGAAGGUGCUGCUAACCUCCGGGAAUGCUCAAUCCUCGCGUGGACCGCGUCCUUCUUUUCCGUAGACUUGGUCUCGUUGAUGGCUUCGGGCACAGAGGGUGCCGGAGAGAGAGAAAGAGAGAGAUGCGGGCGAGAGAAGGAAGAAGGAAGGUCUCAAACAGGCAACCGCCCCCGUGUGUGGAAGCAAAUUCAAAUUCAAAAAUUCAACGAGGGUCCCGUGGCAUAGUACCACAUAUCCGCCCCGUUUUUCACCAUCUCUUGUAUGCGCACCCCCUCCGCAGCACUCAAACAGCAGAUUGCGCCCUCUUGCGAACAGGGAGCAGUACGGAGGGGGGAGACCUAGCCCGAGAGAAACAGUGUGAGAAAUUGUGUGGGUCCCUUGUCGAGGCCGCCGUUGCCAAGCCUUCUCGCAACUACGGCGUCAAGGGGUACCAAUAUCUCGACGACCUUUGCGGCACAUCUUGGCUGUUGGACUGCGAAUUAGCGACAGAGGGGACGUCUCUUACUCGCCAAGCAAGACGAUCAGCCAAAGGUCACUGCUGCUACUGCUGUGGUAUCCUGUAUUGCCGCUGCUCUUGUGAGGCCACAUGUCACAGCAGUGAGCUACUGGAGAGGGAGAGAGAGGAUCAAAUACGUUCGUCCUCACCGCGGGACCGUCGUUACCUGGCCCAGCCAAGAUCGGCGACCCC